GCCAAGGGGAAACAAAAAGAAGCAAACAUCAAGAAAAAAAGGGACCAUGUCGCCUCUCAACGACACGCUACGGCAGCGGGUUCAAGGUCGUCCCCACACGAGGCUCAACACGACGGGCCUGUCCUUUCCAGAUUCCUCCCCGCUUAGCGACACCGACCUCGAAGGCCUCGCCCUGUUGGAUGACCUCAACUCCACGGCCGGCUUUGAUGAGCGGGCGGCGCGGGAGGUGGAGACCGGCCUCUGGGUCCUGAUCGGCCUGUCGGCGCUGUUCCUAGGCUUGAGACAGUACUGCAAACGCAAGAACCCCACCUCCAAACUCCGCUGGGAAGAUGCUGUCCUGGCGGCAUCAUGGAUGAUGCUCCUACUAAACGGGGCCCUGACGACCCUCCUCAUACACAUGGGGCUGGGCUCGCCAAACUUUGCGCUCACGCCCGACAACGUCGAGGACGUGGCGCUCCUGGGCCUGUCGUCGCUCACCACGGGCAUCGUGUCGCAGGCCUGGUCCAAGACGUCGUUCGCCAUGACGCUCCUCCGCAUGACCGAGGGCUGGUGGCACCACGUGGUCUUGAUCUCCAUCGUGACCGUCAACGUCUUCUUUGGCGUCUCCGCCACCCUCUUUUGGGUCGGCUGCGACCCGGUCGAGAAGCGAUGGAAGCCCCUGACCCCUGGAAGGUGCGACGAUGGUGCCCUCGACCGCGCCACCACCUUUGGGGUCAUUGUGAGCGUCUACUCCGGGCUGGUUGACAUCUUGUUGUCUAUUCUGCCGUGGCCCAUCUUGCUCAAGUGGACCAAGAAGACGUCGUCGAAGCACCAUCUAUCUAAUAAUGAAAAGAUUGGCGUCGCCAUCGCCAUGAGCAUUGGCAUAUUUGCCGGCAUCACCGCCUUUGUCAAGGCCAGAUACAUGACGUCCUUUUACAACCCCAGCAUCGACCUGGGCGACGACGUGGGACGGCUGACGACGUGGUCCGCGGCCGAGACGGCGGUGACCAUCAUGGCGUCGAGCAUCCCCGUGCUGCGGGUGCUGGUGCGCGACGUGGCCAACAAGGAGGGCCGGCGGCUGGCGUCGACGCUGGCCUCGUCGCGCCUGGCCCACCACCCCAAGCGCACCUCGAGCUUCCUCUCGCAGAAGCGGCCGCUGACCUCGCCGUCGACGCCGUCCACGCCCACCACGCCGCGGCCGCUGGUCGACACCCACGACGACGUGCUCGUGCCCCGUGUCGCCGCCUCGUCCCCCGUCAAGCACUUUAGCCGGCCGCUGCCGCUGCUGCCGCACCAGAUGGAGGACCGGUCCCGCAGCCGCCGCGAGGGCUGGUACGUGCUGCGCGAGAACGUGGGCGGCCGCCGCGCCGACGCGGGCCUGGGGGCCAGGGCCGCCUCGUUGCAGGACCGGCGGCGUAGCAGCAGGGGGGUGGCGGUUCGGGGCUGGUUGAGAAGCGACGGGGAAAAAAAAAACACCCCGUCGUGGAGGGUUCAGGCAAGAGUCUGAAGUUUUUGGGCCGCCCCCCGGUCCUGUGGGUCCACGACGAACGAAAGAGGGAGAGUGGAAAGUGCCCAACUGCC